CUCUCGCUCUCUCUCUCUCACUUGAUCGCUCUCUGUUUCUCUCUCUCUCUCUCUCUCUCUCUCUCGCUUGCUCUCUCUCUCAUUAUAAAACCAUGGUACACCAAGGAAACACACAGGAAGAGAGAAGCAUAGGCUGUGCUGGUCACACCCAGAGGAAACAAGGGAACAAGUGCGUGCUUCACACUGCCUGAAUCUCACACUUACUUCUCUCUCACCGGCCCUGUCUGCGUCACCUGGAGAAGAUACUGGGGUUCUCUGCUUCACCUGUGGAAGGUCCGUAAGAAAAAACAAAGAUGAGCUGCUUCAAAUUUCUCAAAAUCAUGAUGUUCUUUUUCAACAGCAUCAUCUUUCUGGCGGGCGGGGCGAUCCUGGGGGUGGGGGUGUGGGUGAAGGUGGACAGCGGCUCCCUGCUGAACUUCCUGAGCGGCAUAAACAACGCGCCGUCCGAGCUGAGCCAGGUGCUCAACGUGGGCUACCUGCUGAUCGCCGUGGGGGCCGUGCUGCUCGUCAUCGGCUUCCUGGGCUGCUGCGGAGCCGCACGGGAGAGCAAGUGCAUGCUGAUGCUGUUCUUCGUCAUUGUGCUCAUCAUCUUCAUCGCAGAAGUGGCGGGGGCCAUCGUGGUCCUGGUCUUCAAAUCUCUGGUGACGAGCCUUGUUCACACUGUUGGCAGAGAGGUCGUUAAAAACAUCCACUCAGCCUAUGGAAAGAAUCAAGAUUUCACUGGAAUUCUGAACACCACUAUGGAUGGGCUGAAGUGUUGUGGGUUCUAUGGCUACAAUGACUUCACAGGUUCUGCAUUUACCAAUGCGACCCAGCAGUACCCAGCAAUCUGCUGCGGCUCUGCCCCUUGCAACCAGACAGGAGCAAAUCAAUCGAACGUCACCGGGUGCUACGACAGGGUGGUGAGGUUGAUAGAGGAUAAUGUCAUUGUCCUGGGAGCAGUGGCACUUGGGAUCGCUGCUCUCGAGGUUGCUGCCAUGGCCGUAGCCAUGACCCUGUACUGUAAAAUCGGCAAAUCAGGAUGAGGACGGUGGGGCAGAGUGGCACCUGGACGGACCCCAGCCACCCGCCAAUCCAGACACCCCCACGUUCACGUGCCCUCUGUGUCCCCAAAUCCAGACGCACCCUGUCUCCUCCCAAAUAGAGAUUACCUCCUGCAUGCUCAUGUAGACACACCCCAGUCGACUCGAAAUCCAGUCCUGGUCCCUUCCUAAUGUUACACGUGCUGAAGACCAGCGCAGGGGUCUGAUGAUGCUGUGUGAGAAAGAACACCCUCUUCCACCCUUCCCUCGUUCCCACUCUUUCAUUUCUCCAUUCACUUUCUUUCAAGUCACCACAAUCCUGACAUUGUGCUAGAGUGAGGAAGUCUCUCUAUCUCAGGCCUUCUAAUCGAAAUUAUAUAUUAUAUUAUAUUGCAUAUUAUACGUCUAUAAUUAUACAUUUUAUAUCAUUCUGUCGCAUUGUUUCCAUGGUUUUCAAAGUAAUUCAUUUAAAUUUGAACUUGGAAAAAGUGCAAAUCACAUUUUUUACUUUUACAAUACAAGUAUAUGGUAUGAUUAGAUAUGAUAGUUUUAUAUGGUCAGGUACUGUGUUUUUUUAACGUAAUCAGGAGCUGGAAUUGGAGUACACAGUAAAAAGUGCAGUGUUCAUUCAGCUCUAUCAGAGACCUCUUGUGAGAGUUGAUUUGGCACAGCAUUGUACUUGAAGAAAAUGUUUAAUGUUUUUGUCUGUUUUUUUUCAUAUUUGUGGUGGCUGAAUUACUAUAGAAGAUAAAAUGCACUUUAUUUAAAAUGCAAGAGCUUGCUCGCUGGUAAACUGAUUCAUAGGCUAUAGUAAAUAUCUAGGUACUGUUUUUAUAACAUUGAUUCAGAUUUGUGACUGCUUAUUUUGACACUUAAUGAAUUGUAUUUAUUAAAAAAGCUCAAAUGUGA